GUGGAAUCUUGUCAUCGAAAAUGUUCACUCAAACGGGUUCUUCGGAGUCCCAUUUCUCCUGUGCUGCCACCGAGUAUUCUUUGUGCGCAGAGUUCGAUCUGGCACCAGAGCACAGACUCAAGAGUCAGAGCUCUCUGCAAAGCAUCCAGAAUCACUGUACAGCAGGAGGUGCUGCAUUCCUGCAAAGCGGCAGGGCGCCUCUCAAGCCUUGCAGUGGCAGGUGGAAUGCAGUAGUCAUUGCUGUGGCUGGUGAGGGCAGUUAAGAGCAAGUGUCCACUUGGCCUCCGACACCGCAUUCGUGCGCUGAUCAGGAGGCAUUGUAUUCUGCUUUAUCGAGUUGAAAGCCAAUGAUCAGUGAGGAGGUACGCUCAUGGUAGCCCUUUGAAAUUGUGGUUUAGAGCUCAGCUGUAACUUUAAGCUGUUCUGGGUACAUUUUCUGGGGCGCCAGGAUGCCGGCCCUUGAGACGAUCAUGCGGUUGCCCGCCCCCGAGGCGGGCAGCCUGUCAGGGCCGUUACCUGCAUCGCAAGUUGCGGCGGGGGACCAGAAUGGUACCACCGCAGCUCUCCCUCCUAAAAAGGUUGAGAUCGUCCCCACACAGACGGAAGUGGUUGGGAUGAUCCGGCCGCCUGCAGACAUCCGCAGCAUCGUGGAUAAGACCGCGCAAUUUGUGGCCAAGAACGGGCCGGAGUUUGAGAAGCGGAUCCUUGCGAAUGAGAAGAACAACGUCAAGUUCAACUUCCUGAAUGCCACCGAUUACUACCACGCGUAUUACCAGCACAGAGUGAACGAGUUUAAGAAGCAAUUGGCAGCCCCGCAGGAGGGGACUGCGCGGGCUGCCGAGGUGCCGGUGGCCGCUCCGGUUGCGGCGCCUGUGGAGGAAGCGCCUCCACCGAAGAAAGAGCUAGUGCCCCCCGAGUUGGAACAGUACUCCGUGCGGAUACCAGAUGGGAUCUCGGGGCUCGACUUAGAUGUUAUCAAACUAACAGCGCAGUUCGUUGCGCGGAACGGGAAGAGCUUCCUCUCUGGCCUGACUCAGCGCGAGCACAACAACCCGCAGUUCUAUUUCCUGAAGCCGACGCACAGCCUGUUCGGCUUUUUUACCACGUUAGCGGACGCUUACUCAAAGGUCCUGAUGCCGCCGAAGGGUUUGCAGGACAGGUUGAAAAGGGACGCCUCGAACCGGCAAGCGGUGCUCGAGCGGUGCAUCCAGCGGUUGGAAUGGGAGAAGGUGCAGCUCAAGAGCCGGCGGAAGGAAGAGGAGGCGGCCGAGAGGGAGCGCACCCAGAUGGCGCUCAUUGACUGGCACGACUUCUUUGUUGUGACCACGAUCGAUUUUAAUGAGGGGGAGGACGAGGCGCUGCCGCAGCCGCAAACCCUGGACGAGGUGGUGCGCAAGGCCAAGCGGCUGGCGGAAGAGGAGGAAGAGGAGGAGGCUGCGGCGGAGGGCGUCCCCAAAAAGGACCAGGAGAUGGAGGUGGAGAUGGACGAAGAAGAGAUGGAACUGGUCGAGCAAGGCAUGCGGGUGACGGCGAUUGACGAGGAGGGAGAGAAGGGGCCAGACGAAGCAAUGGACGAGGGCGCUGACGAGGGCCCGCCCACCCCCCCGGAAGAGGAAGAAGACGCGCCAAUUAAGAUCGUGCGGGACUACAAGCGCCCCGAGGAGCGCGCGCGCGAGCAGCACGACCCGACGAAGUUCGUCGUGUCACCCAUCACGGGGGAGCUGAUUCCGCUGGCGGAAAUGGCGGAACACAUGCGGAUCUCGCUGAUUGAUCCGAAGUACAAGGAGCAGAAGGAGCGCAUGCUUGCGAAGAUCAAGGAGACGACGUUCGCGCACGACGACGAGAUCGCGAAGAACAUGGUGAACUUGGCGCGCACGCGGCCGGAUAUCUUUGGCACGACGGACGAGGAGGUAUCCAACGCGGUGGCCAAGGAGGUCGAGAAGGCCCAGAAAGAGGCCGCCCCCGACGGCCAGCGCGUCAUCUGGGACGGCUCCGCGACGACCAUCGGCCGCGUCACGACGGCCGCCCUCGCGCAACAACAGCAGCUCACGAUCGACGAGCAGAUCGCGCAGAUCCACCGCGAGCGCGCAAACGUCAGCCAGGACGGGCGCGCCCUUCCCGGCCCCGCGGCGCUCCCCCCGGGUCCGCCGAAAAUGAACCUCCCCCCCGCGCCGCGCCCCGCGCCGCCAAACCUCGCGAUCAACAUCCCGAGGCCCGCGAGACCUCCCCCUGCGCAGACGCUUCCGCCCCCCCCUCCUCCUGUGGUGCAGCGACCCCCCCCUCAGAUGGCGCCUCCAUUGCAGCGACCCCCCCCACAGAUGCAGCUCCCGCCGCCACCCCCCCAGCAGAUGCAGAUGCCGAUGCGGCCCCCCCCGCAGCAACUGCAGAUGCCACCCCCUCCGCCGGUGGUUCGCACGCCGCUACCCCCCCAGAGCGCGCUUUUCCGGCCGCCCAUGCAGCGGCCCCCGAUGUCGAUGCCGCCUCCGAUGCCGGGACCCCCCCCCAUGGCGCAGGCGCGGCCGCCCCCCCGGGAGAUGCCGCCCCCGCCCCCGGAAGAGCCGGAACCGAAGCGGCAGAAAGUGCAGGAGGAGGUGGAGCUGGUGCCGGAAGGGGAGUGGCUGGCGAAGCAUCAGGGCCCACUAACGGUGACGAUAACCCUGCCAGCCCUGGGCGACGAUCAACCGGGCACCGAAGGCCAAACGCGCACUCUCAGUGUCUCAUCCGGGCAGCAGACUGUGGGGGGCUUGAAGCAACAGUUGGCGGAGCUGGUGAACGUCCCCCCCUCGAAGCAGAAGAUCAGCGGCCGGGCGGGCUUCCUCAAGGACCAGCAAACGCUCGGAUAUUACAAUAUCGCCGAUGGGGAGAUGCUUGUGCUGUCGCUGAAGGAACGCGGUGGGAAGAAAAAGUAGACGGGAGAAGAAGUACAGGGAUUGUAUUUAGAGUGGAGAUCGCUUGGGCACUGGCACGUAUGUCGAGGUUCGAUUCAAUCGCUUGUCGCAGUGAUCUUGUACUCAUUCGGCCAGCGUUGGUUCAUUGGCUCACAGUUUUUCAGAACAGGAUUCAUUAUCAGCGAUGCGGCGGAAGUCGAAAAUCAAUUGUGGCUUGCCCCUUUACGCAUGAGCUAAAAUCUGGUCUCUGCCAGCUAAACGUGUCUAUACCCGC